CGCUCGCCGCCCGCUGGGGGCCCGGGCGAGCAGAGACCCCCCCCCGAGGCCCCACCUGUAGGAUGGGAGGCGGCUGAGCUCCCCCCCCUUCUCCUCCGUGCGCCCCCCCCCCCGGUUCGCCAUGGGCUGUAAUAUGUGUCUGGUGCGGGAGCCCGAGGAGCAGUACAAGGUCAUGCUGCAGGUGAACGGGAAGCCGCUGGCCAGGCUGUCGCAGGAGCAGACGCUGGAGGCUCUUCGCUGCUCCAAGGAGCCGCUCGUCAUCCAGGUGGUGAGACGCAGCCCCCGGGCGCGGGGCGGGGGGGAGGGGGCCCUGCCUGGGGACCCCACCACCCUGGUGGACAGCGGGACGCAGACAGACAUCAGCUUCGAGCACCUGCUGGCGCUGGGCCGGCGGCGCCCCCCCAGCCCCCCCGCCGGGACCCUGGAGACCUUCGGGCUCCCUGAAAUCCCCCCCUUCGGGCAUGAAUACUACGAUCCUGUGGAGUUCAUGGAAGGGGGCCCCCCCGAGACAGAGCGGGCAGAGGAACUGGAGUAUGAGGAGGUGGAAUUGUACAAAUCGAGCCACCGGGACAAGCUGGGGUUGACGGUUUGUUACCGGACGGAUGACGAGGACGACGUGGGAAUCUAUGUCGGAGAGGUGAAUCCCAACAGCAUCGCUGCCAAGGACGGGCGCAUCCGAGAGGGCGACCGCAUCGUCCGGAUUAACGGGGUGCAGGUGCAGGACCGUGAGGAAGCUGUCGCCAUCCUGACCCAGGAGCAACAAACAAACAUCUCGCUGCUGCUGGCCAGGCCCGAGACUGAGAUCUCCAGGCGCUGGAAGGACAGCGACCGCGAGGAUUUCCUGGAUGACUUCGGCUCCGACCACGAGGGCGAAAUGAGACCCCGAGUGACCCCCGGGCAGCAGCCUGCUGUGGCCCCCGAGCUGCCCAGCGCUGGGCCCCCGCUGCCCCCCAGCCAGGAGCUGGACAGUGGGGUGGGCCGGACGGACGAGAGCACCCGGAACGAGGAGAGCUCGGAGCACGACCUGCUCGGGGACGAGCCCCCCAGCUCGGCCGGCACCCCGGCCCCCCAGCGCCGCCCGGCCCCACUGCCGGCCCGGGACUUCUCCUUGGGCCUGGACUCGCUGGCGCUGGCGGGCGGCGAGGGGCCGGGGCUGACGGACGCCGAGUACGAGCGCUACCAGGAGCUGCUGCGGCUGCGGGGGCUCCUGGCCAGCGGGAGCAGCCCCGGCGUGCUGCCCCCCGGCGCGCUGCCCCCCGGCGCGCUGCCCCCCGGCCUGGCCCUGCUGGAGGAGGAGCUGCGGCACCUGCAGUUCAAAUGCCGGAACAGCCUGCGGGCGCAGAAGAUGCAGCGGCUGCGGGAACGCUGCCUCCAGGCCUGGCUGCUGGAGGAGGGGGGGCGGCCGGCGCCGGCGGGCGAGGGGCCCCCCCCGGCCCCGCUGGCCGACAUCACCGAGGUGCCCGAGCGCUCGGAGAAGGACAGCACCAGCGCCUACAACACGGGCGAGAGCUGCCGCAGCACCCCACUGCUGGAGAGCCCCGGCCCGCGCCCCGCGUCCCCGGCCAGGCCGGGCCGGCUGCGGCGCCCCCGCGAGGGCAGCCCCGGGCGCGAGGGCAAGGGCCGGGCGCGGGGCGAGGGCGCGCGCCGCCCAGGCCGGGACCGGCUGCUGAAGGCGCGGGCGCUGAAGAUCCGGGAGGAGCGCAGCGGCAUGACCACGGACGACGACGCCGCCAGCGAGAUGAAGAUGGGCCGGUACUGGAGCCGGGGCGAGCGCAAGCAGCAGCUGCUGCGGGCCCGGGAGCAGCGCCGGCGCCGCGAGCUGAUGCAGCAGAGCCGGCUGGACUGGCAGCGGGAGGCCCCGGGGGCCCCCGACCAGCUCAGCAUCCUGGCGCUCAGCCACCGCAAGAGCCUCCGAAAGCGGAGCCGCCGCAUCCUGGACAAUUGGAUCACGAUCCAGGAGAUGCUGGCGCACGGCGCCCGCUCGGCCGACGGGCACCGGGUCUACAACCCGCUGCUGUCCGUCACCACCGUCUGAGCCCCGAGGGCCCCACCGCGC